GGGCCCGAUCAAUCCCGGCGUGCACCGCGGCGGGGAAGCACGUGGAGUACAGUGUUCUUGUACAGUAGAGCCAUGGCCACGCAUAAGGAGGAGGCCUCCGUGGCUCAGGACGCGAAUCUGGCGCUGGAUCCCGACCGGCAGCGCGAGUUCUCGAGAAAAGUGAAGACAAUGAAGCCCGCUCCCCCCACCACGGGCGCUAUAGCCAAGCGCGGCGUGGUCUACCUGGGCCACAUGCCACACGGGUUCGCCGAGAUUCAAGUAAAGAAGUUCUUCAAUCAGUUCGGCAAAGUGACGCGGAUUCGCCUCUCCAGAAGCAAGCGGACUGGGCGGCCCAAGGGCUAUGGCUACGUGGAGUUUGAAUAUGAAGAAGUGGCCAAAAUUGUUGCAAACACUAUGAACAACUACCUUUUCUACGAGCGCCUGCUGAAGUGCGAGUACAUCCCUCCAGACAAAGUGCACGAAAAGCUCUUCGUGGGAGCCAACCGAAAGUUUAAAAUGCCGACCUUCCCAGCCGUGAAACGCAACAACCGUCACCGUACACCGGAGCAGGCUGUCCGCAUGACAAAGCGCCUUCUAAGCAAGGAGAUGAAAAAACGCAAGAAGCUGGCCAGCUGUGGCAUCGACUAUGACUUCCCUGGAUUUGCAGUGGAUGCAAAAAAGAUUCUAGGAAGUGCGGUGGGCAAGAAAACCAAAAAAAGGAAAGGAGAGACAAGUACGAAAACCAUUGGGGAAAUACCCGAGGCACCUGGGAAUGAAACUGAAAACAUUGAAGAAUCCAAGGAGACGGAGGAAACUGAAAAAGCUUUGGAAACAUCGAAGACGGUGGAUCCUGCCGAGAUCGAUAUGGAUUGGCUGGCCGGCCACGACGAUGACGAGAUCACCUUCCGCUCUCCUCCCAAAAAAGUGGCUGUAUCGCCUCCUUGCACCUCUGAGGAAGCCGCUCCAGCCCAAGAGGAACCCACAACUCCGUCACCGAGUCCACUCAAACCUAAAGCGAUGCAAAGAAAGAAGACUCCGAAUCGCAAGGGGAAGGGCAAGAAAGUAAAUUAAAACUUUUUGCUGCUCAAGUGUGAAUUGGGCAAAUUUUAUUUACAAAAAAAAUCUGUCUUUGAUGUAAGAUAAUUUCUUCUGCUUUCUCUCAGCUGCUCUUUGUGUACAAAAAUCCCACGUGUGGGUGCGUAGUUCGUAGGUUUCAAGCCCCUUACAUUUAUUAUUUGUACUUCUGUGACACGUAUAUGUAACCAGAUCUCAUCACACUAUACAGAAACUGGACAUAUUUAUUUUGUAGAGAUUCGCACUGGCCGUGCAUUUUGCAUGUGAUACCACACGAAUCUGGCUGGAGCCUGUGGGAUGUGGGUGAUGUCAUCAACGUGCAAUUGUUUGCCCGUCCACCAGCCAGCAAAACUUUGAUUAUAUAAUAUAAAAAAAAAUUGUUCAUAGGCCGAGUAAACAAAGAACGGCGUUGAGCUUGGACUGAAAUAGUAACUUAGAUUCUGUGGCCUGGCAUGAACCAUAUUUUAAUGAACUAUACGUUUUUCUGGCUCGGAAUUACUCUAUCGGUUUCUUUUGGUAUAACUUAACUGUGGUCUACAUUCAAUGGUAUAUCAAUCAGAUCUAAGUUUUGCAAGUGGAAAAGUGAUGGAGUUAUAGAUUAAGCAUAUCAAUACAAGCUGGAAUAAUGUGUCGUAUACCCAGUGUAAAUGAAUUUGCGGAAAUAUAAUUUUACUUUUUACUAAAGUAUGCAGCAAGCGCAUUGCAGACAUUUCCUCCAGCUGUUAGGUGGAGCCAUGAGCUCCCCAUAGUUGUAACUCCGCACUCCCUCUCGUGUGUAGUCGUGUGUGUCACCGACAUGUGCCAGGCACUAAUUACACUGAAUAAUACCGAGUCGUGUCAUGGAUGAGUCACAUGAUGAUACAGUAAUUAUAGAAUGCAUUUCCUUAUUUUAUAUAUAACUAUGCUAAUUUUUCAACCCACUUGUCCCAUAUUAAAUCUCUUGCAACAAUGUCACGUCAAGUAAUACAGCUUAUUUUCUGUCGGUAUUUUGAAUUCAUGAUGAAUAUUUCAUAGAUAAUAUACAAUGAUUAAAACGUUUUUUAGGCAUGUCGGCAUGUUACUGCUGUGUAGCUUUUUUGCAGUUGUGCUCUAUAGCUCUGGACGUGUUGGGUUGUUACCGUGAGUUUGCACAAGUCAGACAACCUGAAAACAAGCUGAGAGCCACAUUGGUCUGUUGAUUUUCAUUAAGUUCAGAACAAAAACUUAGUGCAAAGAAGCUUAGAGACGCACACGCUUGACAUGCUGACAAGAAUGGAUAGAUGCAAGACUACAAGUGUCAACUUAUUGAGUUAAGAAAAGUGGGCUUUGGCAGAACACGUUGCUUGAAGGGAUGAGGGCCGGUGGUCAAGACUAAUAGUGGACUGGCAGCUGGAGUUGGAAACAUGCCCCACAGGAUGGCCGUCGUGGAGAAGGAGCUACGUGGAAUUGCCUCGCGUGCGGAUGCCUUCAGCCAGCAGUGAAUUUACAAAGGGGUGAAAGUUAUUUCAUGAUUAGUAUAUGGUCUCAUAAGUGCAACAUUGCAUUUUUUUAUUUUGUGCGUUUCAUUAUUUAAUUGCUACUGCCACGUGCAGUACACACGGGGAACCAGGCCUCCAGUGAUGGCUCCACUGAGCUGUAAGUAGGUAAGCAAAACUCUCUGCAUGGAUAUAUUCUAACGAAACGAUCCAAAUUGGAUACAAUGUAAGCAUCAAAUUGGUCCGACUGAGGAAGCAUUUGCGUGCAAUGGAGCACUGCAUGCUUACUGUACACAGAUGAAAAGCGCCAAAAAAACCCUCAAAAGAUGAUGCAUUGCAAAGGGGAGGAGAGGCCAGCAGUGUGGGGCUGGAGUGGACAAGCACCAAACCCGGACCAAUUAUCCCUUUUACUGACCAAAACGCGCCAACCAGUCGGUAAUCGGAGCCCUCAUAACUGACCUUGGCCAACUAGCCAGCUAAUCACCAAUGCUUCCUUUACCACGUAAACCACCAUGAACAUAUUCACCAACCUGCCAGUAGUACUCGCCCUCCCACUGACCGUAACUCUCACCAACCAACUACUACGUUACUUCCCAUUAAUCCUACACCUAAACUCCACUUCGCCAAAGGUCCUUCACUUUUUAUUCGCUUGUCAGUUGUGAUGUUUGCGGAGCCUUGACCAUCUCCAUGUAGGGAUGUUACACCACUGGUUACACAGGUGACUACUGGCCACACCAAAAACAUGUGGUUGAUGUGCUGCAGUGUUCAUUCAAUAUUUUCCAUCCAAUUAGAGAGGGCAACCUUUAAUGUUACAGAAUGGUCCAUAUAACUGGAUAUAAGUUGCAAUUUUAAGAUCCCUUCAAGUGACCUGACAGUAGGGGGUAGCACUUCACUACCCGCUCUGGCACAGAGUAAUGUUCAUUCAAACCGAUGUUUUAAAUUAUCAAAGCUGGAAGUCAUGCAAUGUGAUAGGGUUGUUUUUACAUGCGAUUAUUGACUGACCACUUGAAACCCCUGUUUAGUUACAGGUGGUUCCUGCCUGCAUUGAACCCAGGAUCUAAGCGCUGUGCCACCCAGCCAUUUGAUGCGCUGCAGUCUUAAAAUAAGUGCUAGUGGGUCAUUGUAUCAAGGUGAAUAUCUCUUUAGGAUAAAAUUCUGCCAAUGAAAAACUAUAACAAUGCACUCGCUAUAAUAUCAAUACAAAUGAAUGUGUUGUUUUUUAAACGAUGUACAGUAUUUACAUUUUAAACCUUGCAAUGCAACUUGAUAAAAUGGUAAAAUACUUGAACAUUAAUUGCCCCAAAAAAUAGCAUCGCUAUUACUCCUGUACAUAAAACAUAAGAAAUGUAGCCUCCAUAAUCGUCUUUAUCCAGGAAAGACUCACCGAGUCUGAAUACUCUGUCAAAAGGGUUCUGCAUUGGGAUGUUUGAUCCUCUUCCAAUAUUGAGAAAUUGGCAUGUGGGAGGAAACCGGAGUACCCGAGAAAAACCGUACAUACCAGUAGAUGACAUUCAAACGACCACACAGAUUCAAUAAUCCAUUGCUGCACUGUCAUCUGGCCAGCUCACAGUUCAAGCCUCCAACACCUGGUAUUUCCAGGCAGUCUCAUAUCCAAGUACUGACCAGGUUGAACGCAGCUUCGCUUCCCAGAUCUGAUGAGUCCGGGAAAGUUCAUGGUGAUUUUGUUGUAGACUGCAAACCCAACCCAUUGUUUACCAUGUCAACUAUUAACAGGUAAUUUUCAUUUAAGGAGUUAAUUUGUUAUUUGAUUCGUGUACAUUUAAAGAUGUUCUUAAUUUUCAAUACAGUUGCUAACCAAGAGUUAACUUUUUUGUGAGGACUUUUUUUUAGUUACUAGACCCUGGAGUAUCCAAACGCAUUAAUUAUCCAGAGAGAAAUACACUUCGUGCUGCAGCAGUAGCUGAAUUCUUGAUGCGGUGCAUAAUGCGAAUGCAGUCACCGCUCAACAAUUGGAGGACUGUCAGGUCUUGUUGCUUUCUGCCUGCUCCACUUUGCCUAAUCUAAUUAGCUGCUUAAGCCAGACGUAGUUAUGGUGGUCAGCGGCGCAGGUAAGCGUCUGUCUGGUGCAGAUGGCUCGCCACCGCUUAAGGAAUUGCCUUGGGUAAAGCCACCCACCCCCACCUCUGUUUGAUCACCUCCCAUCAUGGUGCCUCCGCUUGACUUUUCUGCUUCCACAGUCCUGCACACUAGCCCCCAGAAGCAAUCGAGCUGUCGCAGCUCAACCAUUUGGACACAAAAAAGAUUGAGGGGCAUUAAUCAUAAACACUGCCUUGUAAUAUACACAUAUAUAGUCGGUUGACGUUUGGACUAGGGCUCUUAGAGAUGAGAGGGCAAGGUGAUAUAUUGAUUUAUUAUAGGUGGCGUUUUUACUUUGGUGUCCUGAGUUAACCAAGACAUUUUAAGAGUAAUGUUCACUAUAAAUAGACUUUUAAAAGUACUGAGAAAAUCAAAUACUGUACAUAUAAACAACUGACAUUUUCUCAGCACACUGCCACCCCCCACAUACAUUCUAUGGCUGGUAGCUAUCUAUCAUAGAGCCUAACGCUCCAUGUUGUGUACACGCACAGCCCUCUUGUCAAUCAAACUGCUGGAUGUGGGCCUCCCCACGCUGCGUGGGUCGUGGGAGUUAUUUUGACAAUUCUUCACCACGAUGGUCAUUUCAGAUUGACGAAGGUGGGGAGCAUACGUCAAUAAACAAUAUCUUGGUCGGGACUGUGGGUCAUUUCUAAUGACCGCCUAGACCAAAUGUAAUUGCCUAAUAUGGUAAUGUAUACACAUUGCUAAGCUAAAAAACGUCACUAAACAUAAGUAUCGGUCACUUCACGAAAUGUCACAUGCAUUAAAGAACUGUUGGGCUGACAGAUUAAGCAGAGAUAAUUGUGCUCUGAGAAUCUGAAACCCCAUAGCGCUGGUGGCCUGCAGGAGGCUGAGACCCCGCCACCCUGUUGAUUAUUGUAAUGAUCCAAUUUUAAAUAUCAAUUAUGUAUAUUUGGAUUGCAAUGUCUGUCACCGGCAUUGUGCACGUGGUGUUGAUGAUGACGAUGAUCGUAACAAAAUAAAGACAUUCUGGUUUA